GUCCAGCGUCUUUAAAUUAAAAAUAUUAGGUAGCCAGAAAAGUAGAAGCUCCUAUUGACACUCUGCAUAUAGGCACGCCGUGAUUCCUCCGUGCUCCCGCCUUUACCUACCGGCCAAGGUCCCAUUAACGCCUUGCUAACAGUCAUGUUUUCGUUACCUCUUUCUUUUCUAUAAAUCUUGCUAUCCACCGUAACUUGUAUUGGUAGUUCGCUCUUCCAACUGCCAAGUGCUAUCUUGCGAAGAUAUGAAUGUGAGCCAGGCUACAACAGCUGAGGAUAAUUCACUGCGGCGUGAGGUUGGGCAUCUGGCUGUAUGGUCGGUCACGAGCGCGAAGCCCGGCAAUGGCGUGGAAAUGCUGAGGGAUGGCAGCGGGGAUACAUUCUGGCAGUCAGAUGGCCUCCAGCCACACCUCAUUAACAUCCAAUUCCAGCGCAAGAUGCCGCUCUUGGAGGUCCACCUGCACGUGGAUUACAAGCUGGACGAGAGCUACACCCCCAGCCGCGUGUCCGUGCGGGCGGGGCACACCUACCAGGACCUCAAGGAGGUCCGUGUGGUGGAGCUGGAGGAGCCCUCCGGCUGGGUGGUCAUCCCGCUGGCCCCCGAGUCCGCCCCGCCGCACACCCCCCUGCGCGCCUUCCAGCUGCAGCUGGCGGUGCUGGCAAACCACCAGAACGGCCGCGACACGCACAUACGGCAGGUGCGGGUAUAUGCGGCGCGAGCUGACUCGCACCGGUUGCUGCCGUGUGGCAUCAGCACGCAGCAGAUGGCGGCGUACUCGGCGGUGCGGUGAGAGGGGGG